AUGGUGCGUAUCUUGUGCGUCUUCGUACUUCUAAAAAUUAUUUAUGGUUUCUACUACAAUCCUACACUUUAUGUGCCAAAAUACCACGACUAUUUGGAAGCUCAAACCAAUUUGACCAAGGAAGUUUUCCGAGAUUACGAUGCAACGUAUUGGUAUGAUCCCAGACUUUCCUGGAAUGAGAGUAUAUACGAAGACAUUGGUGCAUUCUAUACCCGCCAGGCAAAUGUAUGGAGUCCUACGUUGUCAGCAUUUGGAGUAAAUGAUCUUGUCGAUUACCGUGAUCAAGACUUUCGACUAGUCUGUGUUAACAGUGUCGGCAUGCUCUAUGACUAUGUUUCAGUCCGCGUAUCCGCCAACUGUCCCAUGGAUGUUUAUAAAUUUCCAUUUGACUCUCAAAUUUGUCAAAUAAGAUUUUGUCUACCAGUAUUCAACCAAGUGGAAGUAGAAAUUAUCAAUGAAAUCUACCAAGGAGUAUUAAAAUCAGAUGCAUGGAAGUUGAUGGGAAACUCUGAAUGGAAACUGGUCAACUUAACCAACCGCACUGAAACACUACGGUAUGACGAUGGUUUUGGAAAUCUAGAUUUGGGUAUCUUCGAAAUUACUAUUCAAAGAAAUCCUCUGUAUUACAUAUACAUGAUUAUUUUCCCAUCGUUCAUUAUUAACGCUAUUUCGAUUGUUGGAGUGUUUAUGAAAGGCGCCGAUAAGAUGUCGCGGCUGAACGUUGGUCUUACUAACAUCAUGACCAUGACAUUCAUUCUUGGUGUAAUGGCUGACAAAAUUCCAAGAACUGGUACUGUACCGUUGCUCGGAGUCUAUAUAAUUAUCAACCUUGUCAUUAUGAUAAUUGCAAUAGCCAUCGUAACGGGAAUAACAGAAUUACGGCGAUGGGCGUCUCCGAAACUGAAGAAGAAGCAGACAAAGUUUAGCAGGAAACUCGAAACGUUUUUGGGUACACCACUGGAAUACACCUGUGCGGCCCUUCUGGAGUUGUUGACACUUGGAAACUUCUCUAUCAUGAUUGGAUUUUGGCUAUUUGAAAAAUAA